AUGCAGCAGCUGGCCAUGGUCAAUGGCUUCUCCCUGAACAAGGCAGAGCAGCGAUGUGGCAUUUGCGGUGCUUUGGGCCAUCUGGGCUUCGAGUGUCCCGAGACCAACAACCAGAAUUACAAGAUGGCGAAUGUGACCUGUACCAUCUGUGGUGACAAGGGUCACGUUGCGUCAGAUUGUAAGAAGGCCGCAGAGAUCAACAAGCGCGAGAACGUAGACUGGAAGGCCAUGGCAGAGAAGAAGGCACAAAUGGACAAGGACUUUAACGACAUGAUGAAUGACAUGGGUGGCCUUGGUGGAUCCGGCCAGGCCACAGAGGACAUGGGCCUGGCCAGAUGCAACCGGCAAUUUCCCACGCGCCAAAGCAGCGGCUCACAGAAGCAGCAAACUCUUGUCGUUUGCCAUGGGCCAAGAGCUCAGAUCUGCACGACAAACGGUGCGCCAGCGGGCCCAUCCCUGAUCCUGGUUGCCAUGGCGCGGGGCCUCUGCCUGCCGAGACUGCGCACGCCCGAUGUGAGCGCGCGGCCUCUUGGACUAACGAAGCGCCGUGAGGAAGACGUUUCGCCUUUGCUUCUGCUGAACGAAACGAUUUCUGAAACAGUUGGGCUUGCAUGUGCAAGGCACAUGGCCGUUGCCUUGGAUGCCAAGGCACGGCAUGCCUUGACUGCCUGCAGAAUCCUGCGGGCCGUGGGAGCUUUCGGGCUGAUGCUACUGGCCCUCAAUAUUUUCUCGACCUGCGCGCUUGGGAUGAGCGUGAGGCUGAUUGUGGAAAUGCUGCGGACCUACAGAGAAGGUAAUUUGGUGGCCUUUCUCAUUGGAGCUGUCGGGACUGUAUUGAUGCAGUCACCGGCGCAAGCGAUCUUGAUCGCUGGGCAAAUGGUGGCCUCGUCUCAAAUUGAUGCGCAGAUCGGGAUCAUCCUGACGAUCGGCACCUCAAUAGGUGCCACGAUCGGGCCACUUCUUUUGGCCGCUAUGCCUGGCCAGUGGCCUCACCUGACUCGAGCAGUUUGGGGCAUAUCAGCCUACCAGAUGCUGAAGCUCAUGGCGUGCGGUAGCUGCGCGCUUCUUCUGGUGCCUGCGGAAAUUCUGAGCCGGGGCAAACUCUUGGGCUUCACCUCUACGCUGGUGGACUCCAUGGCCUCCAUCCACCUCACGUACAUCGAUCCCUCGUCCUGGGUGGUCCAGCCGGUAGCGGAUCGCGUGGUGCGUAUUCAGGAAUGGCGACUCAAAGCCUACAUCUUAGGGCCACCGGCUGUUCUGCCAGCUACAGGCGUGUCCUGCAUCACUGGAGAUCUGCAUGAGCUUGCUGCAGCUGGAAAGGGCUGCACCUACUCAUGUCUAACCGAGCCAGUUCAACGCGCAUGGCACGCACUGAACCCAGGAUAUUACAGCCAGCUGAACAUUUGCGCUAAUGCUCUUAAUUCGACUGUUUGUGACGGUGACCACUCUUCAUGUUUGCUGUCUAGCACUACUUUCUGGAAGCUCAAUGUGGAGGAUGAAAGGAUCUUAGAAGAAGGCGGCGUGGUCUCAGGCUUGAUUUGCAGCCUCGUCUUCCUGUACAUGGCAUCCCGUCUUUUCCAGAUGGCGGACCUGCGAUGCUUGGGAAGAUGCCGUAUUGCACUGGAGAAGGCUCUGACGAUCCCCGGGCCAUUGGCGAGCUUUGGCAUCAUGCUCUUCUCCUUGUUGUUGAUGCAUGACAGCACGUCCAUAGUUUGCAUCCUCACUCCGUUAUGUGGAAUCGGAUAUUUGCCACCUGCAAAGAUGGUGUAUCUUUGCAUCGCAGCUGAAAUUGGCAGUGCCCUUGCACUCAUCGCGGCUGCCACAGGUGAGCUGCCAUACUCCAAGGGGAUUAUCCAGCUAGGAUGGGUUUGGCUCCUCUGCAGCAUCUUGACCAUGUUCUUCACAGCACUGCCCUGCGUGCGUCGCGUGGCACUCCAUUCUGGUCUGAUGUGUGCGGCUGCUGUCAACGAGUACUCCCUGGUGUAUUUCGUUCUCCUCUUGAGCCUCCCACUGGCGCUGGCGGGAACGUUUGCCGUCUUGUCCCUAUGGGAUGCAUCUUCGGUGUUCACGAUUUGCAUCCUCCUGGUAGUGCUGCCCAUUCUGGUCUCGACGGCCGCCUGGUGCUUUUGGCGGUCGGAGUGGCUGCUUCCUUUUGACGUCAGGGAGAAAGUGCGGGAGCAAUGCGAGUCUGCUCUGGAGGACACAGCUUCAACGCGACCGGUGACCGAGGCAAGCCCGGCGGUGAGUCCCAGCUUCUUACCUAUGUCGCCAACAGUCAUUGUGCGCCCUCCGGAACCAGCAAGCGCGGAGACUCAUCGUGCUGAGAGAACGCCCUCGCCGACGAACAGCCCCAUCCCGAACCUGGAGAUGAUCUCGGAAGAUGAAGGGGCGCGCUUUCACGGCCCUAGAAUCCCUACACCGAUGCCGGUGAUGCCCGUUGUUCCGCGCUCCAACCGUCCGAGUCUUGGCAGCGACAGCAGCGUCAGCUCCUUUGACGUGAGGAGGAACCUUGCGCAGCACGGCGACUUCUCUCCUUUCCCCUACGAUGUGACGACAAUGCCAGGAGGUUCGUCUUCCGUCCAGCGCACGCCUGCACGCCCGGAGCUGCCAGACAUAGACCCUGAGCCGCGUCAUCUCAGCGAGGGAGCCGGCCAUGGAUCUUACUCGGGCGAAGAUCUCGAAGCUGUCACCGACUCCCAAGGCACCCGCCAGCCCGAGUCUCGACACGCCAUCUCUGCAUCCCCACAGGAGGAGCGUACCACUUGGAGCUCCAGCUUACAGGUGUUGACGUCUCGCCUCAGGAUGACUUCGACACCCAUCUCCAGCAAGGGGUCUGAAGAGAGCUGCUGA